AUGAUGCAGGUUAUAGGAGAUAGAGAUGGUCAAGUUCGUAGGUAUGGUCCACCACAAUGCACAAGAUCACGCCAAUAUAAUCCUAUGCUCGAGCUUUUGGAAAUUCAAGGGAAUGCAUCAUUAUUUUCAGAAUAUGCCCAAGAUAUAACAAAUUAUUCUGCUAUUCUAGAAUCCAGCAGCUCAGUGAAUCCUUCCAUGAUAGAUUUGCAACCGGAAAUACAAUGGUUUAUGCGUCCAUUCUUGUUGGACUUUCUUAUUGAGUUACACGGGUCUUUCAAAUUGCAACCCCAGACCUUGUUUCUUUCUUUGAAUAUCGUCGACCGAUACUGUUCCAAAAGAAUAGUAUUUAAAAGACAUUACCAGCUAGUGGGAUGCACCGCACUUUGGAUUGCUGCAAAGUAUGAGGAUAAGAAGAGCAGGGUGCCAACUUUGAAAGAGUUGUCGAUGAUGUGCAGAAACGCAUAUGACGAAGAUAUGUUUGUUCAGAUGGAAAUGCACAUAUUGGGUACCUUGGACUGGUCCUUAGGUCAUCCCAAUCUUGAAGAUUGCCUACAACUUUCGAUUACUGCUUGCAACAUUUCUCCAGCGUUGACUCCUCGCAAGUAUAAUUCGAAUUCCAAAGGAUCUUCGACUCUUUCAGCUGUUACUGCUGUGGGUCGGUUCUUAUGUGAAAUUUCAUUAUAUAAUAAAUUUUUCUUAACGGUACCUCCGUCAUUGGUAUCAUUCACAGCUAAUUUACUUGCUUGCUCAAUGUUGCAAGUCCCUAAUGCUUCAGCCUAUCUUCAUACUCUUAUAAAUCAAGAGGAUAAGUUCACCAUUCCACUGGAAUUUGACGAUGAUUCUGAGAAUAAAAGUCCAGACGUAAAAGGCCCAUUUUUGAGUGGAUUUGAACCCAACACAAUUCAUAUCAUAAGAAAAAUAUGUAUCAUAUUUGUACUUCAAUUCAGCAAGAUAACAGAAGUCCUUUCCAAAAAGCACGAGGAGUUAGGUGCCGUACAGGUGGUCAACAACUUUUCCAAUAGAUUCGCUCAUAUAAUCCGAAUGGUGCAUCAAAAUGAAGAUUCGAUAGAAGAAAUGCCAGAAGAAAUUUUUGGAUCUGGUACUUUUGCAUAUUUGGCAGAUGCUUUGUUGCAAUUAUCAAAUGUAGGCGCAACAAAAGUAGAACAGCUGCCAUUGACACCUCCUUCAGCAUCAUCCCGAAUGUCCAUAUUUUCAGGUAACCCCUCCGAGUAUAUUUACGAAACACCCAUGAGGUUGUCCAACUCAAGCAACUAUGACAGGGCCAAUGGUUCAACCCCCACCUUGGGUAUCAUGCAUGACAACUGGUCUUCGCCAGUUCCAUCUAAAACACACAUAUAA